GCGUAGGCAGAAAUGGUAGUGGGACAGAAAACGCGCAGGUGAGGAGGCAUGGAAAAGGUGCGGAGGCUGGGGCCAGGCACCUGGCUAAUAAGCGGGCGACCGGGAGGUCGAGCAAAAUGCAUACACCAACAAGCACAAGGCCAAAAAACAGCCCAGCAUGCCAUCAGCCUUUGUGUAUUAAAAAACAAAAACACGCAAGAAAAAGUAACCGGAUGGCAACAAGCCGCCAACAACGAGGGCUAUUAGGAUAUGGCCCCGUCAUGCGAAUAUGGCGCCAUGAGCGAAUAUGGCGCCAUGAGCGAAUAUGGCCCCAUGAGCGAAUAUGGCCCCGUCAUGCGAAUAUGGCCCCGUGCUGAGGACAGCUCGCCGCACUGGCUUCAACCCACAAUCGAAGCCUCUGGAAAUCCGCGGCUGCCAGAACGGCGUGACAUUUGUUUUCCAAGACUGGCUGGAAAAAAAAAAUGGCAUAUCGCUGGCAUCAUUGUGUUUCCGGCGGCCUUGGCUGGUGCAUGGGCCUGGGUUCGGCCUAGGCUCUGGAUUGGGGCCGCGACUCGCCCGAGCCGGAAAUGGACCCUUUCAAUGUACGACUCCAAGAGUCAGAAACGCAGAAAUAAAGGACACGGCGAAGAGCAGAGACGAAGAACACGAAAGGCUGAAGGCUGACAACGAUAGAGAGAAAGCCGGAGCAGAGACUCAAGAAAUAAUUGAAAUAGGAAAAAGGAAAGAGAACGUGCCAAUAAUUGAGAGGCAGAGACGACAGCGACGGCAGACCAGACUGCGAGACCGCGGAACUUGCUGGCCAUAUUCAAGACAUCAUAUAUCACAUAGUAUGCCCGUCCUUCUUCCUUCAUUCUGCAAUAUUUCGUCAAAUGAGCAGGAAGCUUUAUUGGACAGAGGAGAAUGGGGGUCAUGGAAUAGUGGGGCAUGUCUGCAUUUGAUCGAGGUACCAAUAACUCUCCUGUGUCUUCAGAAGCUGUUAUAUUAAUUCCUAGCUGCUGCUGCCGUGAUCGAGUGUCUUUGCCAAUGGGUGCCCGGACCCUUUCUAAUCUCAGACAUAAAUUAUUAUAUUCUCAGACACGAGCCUUUUCAAUUUUUCACGUAAACCUUUUUAGUAUUCAUACAUGAAUCUCUCUAAUUUUCAGACAUGAACGUCACAUUUCAGACGCCGGCCAGUAAUGGUUUACUUUAGACGGGCCAGUGAUGGUUUACUUUAGACGGGCCAGUGAUGAUUUACUUCAGACGGGCCAGUAUUGAUUCACUUCAGAUGGGCCAGUGAUGAUUUACUUCAGACGUGCGGCAAAAUAUAAAAUAUACUCGUUGUUAAAUGAAAUCAAUGAACCCUAAAAAGCUCCCUAGGUGCCACUUGCAUGAGUGUCCUAGAGAUGGAUAUCAUCAAGCCGAGGCAGAUGUUCGUUUCUCUUCUAGAAAAGGCCGAUACAGUAAAGAGCGAAGUGG